AUGGCCGAAUUGCAGAAGGUUGCAGUCACCCGCGGUGGUCCGCCACGUUCCCUCCAUCUGAUGAUGAUGAACCUGCUCGAGGACAACGAAGUGGAGACUCGGCGCGUGGCCGCCACCCAGCUAAAAGGUCAGUUCAAUUUCUGUUGUUAUUGA